CAUCCGUCCCUCCAGCUCAGCCUGUUAUCCUGCAAGUUGAUCAUCACUGAAACACCUAUAGAAGAAGAAGAAAUGAUGAGUUUCUUGUGGUUCCUUAUCAUGCUGUUUGUUUGGUCAGGUCUAAAGGCAACGGAUCUCAGUACAGAAAAAACAAGAAUUGGGAGAGCUGGAGAAGAUAUCACUAUUCUGUGCAACUAUGCCAGAACCAGAUUUGCAUUCUACGAUAAAUUUUGGUGCCGCGGUAAAUGGAAAAGUAAUUGUGAAGUUCUAUGUGAGAGGAAAUCAUCAGUAAAUAAAUGCCAUGACAAGCGAAUGAGUAUUGCAGAUAACAAAAAUGGAAAACUUGUCAUAACUAUGAGAAACCUUGUACUAGAAGAUGGAGGAACUUACUGGUGUGGAAUUAAAAAAGCAUAUGGGAAUCCUAUGAUAUUGGUAAAUCUUCAAAUCAUGGAUGUUCCAAAAGUGUACAGAAUGCAGCAAGAUAUGAAACACAUGGUAAAGGAAGGAGAAGACUUAACUAUGAAAUGUUCAUAUGAUAAGAGCUCCAUAGCGUCCUAUAGGAAGUUUUUUUGCCAACAAGUUUCCAGUACACAAUGCAAUAUAUUGUCAGACACCAAAGGAUUUAUAUCAGAGAAAUACAGUAAGAGGAUAGAAACUGUUGAUGACAAUCUAGGGACGGUAUCAUUUACAAUGAAGACUAUUCUUUUUGAAUAUUCUGGAAAAUACUCAUGUGGGGUUGAGGUAGAAAAGUUGAACACAUUGGCUUCUUUUGAGAUUACAGUUAAACUUGGUGAGUAA